AUGGAAGAAGCAACUAUAUUGAUUAUUGGGGCUGGACCAAGUGGUCUUGCUCUGGGGACACUUCUUGCUCGUAUGAAUCUCAAGGUCGUCAUUUUGGAGAAAGAUAUAGAAAUCUGUGAAGAUCCUCGCGGCAUUGUUAUAAAUGGAGAUGCAGUUCGCAUCUCAUACCAAAUUGGCAUUGGUGAAGGACUGACGACGAGAAUUGGCAAGGAUAUUGGUGUUCUUCACUUUCAUAGUGGCAACUUCAGGCAACGCACGUUCAUGAACUAUGACUUGACAAUCGACUGGGCCGAACAAGGAGUUUCCAACAACAUCGCCCAGUUUCAGCCAAAUUUCGAGCGAGAGAUCAGAAGUGUGAUCAAAGACCUACCAUGUUGCGAUCUUAGACCAGGUUGCGAAGUCAUAAGCAGGGACGAAGGUAAAGACACCACCGUGGUUGAGUACAUAACACAAGAUGGAAGUAAGAAAUCUAUCAAGACGUCGUGGCUCGUUGGGGCAGAUGGAAAGCGCGGUGUGGUAAGGAAGAAGUUCCUGGAACCGGAAGGCAUCAAACAAAUUGAUCGCCUGUGGACCUAUGUUGGAACAUGGGUCGCGGCGAACCUCAAAAUAACAACACCAACACCGAAGACGCACCCAGAUUUUCCGCUAUGGCAGCUUGGAUAUACACCAGAGCAAGUGCAUGAUAUAUUUUGGCCAAGCGGCUUCCACUUCUGCAAUAAUCCUAAGAGACCGGCAGUUAGUGGAAGAUUCGGACCGGCUGGGGCUCAGUUCUGGAGGCACGAAUUCUCAAUUGAGCCUAACGAUAAUCUAGAUAACAUAGAAGAUAAUUUUUGGAAGCAAUUCGGCACGUGGAUGAUAGUGCCAGGGUCAAAAUUUUCACAGAAACUUGGAGAUACUACAAUCGAAUUUCCCAGGGAUUGUAUAGACCUCAUCCGCUGCCGGCCAUUUCAAUUUGCUUCAAAAGUCGUCAAUAGGUGGUAUUGUCGGAAAACUAUGUUGAUCGGCGACGCUGCUCACGUCUUCCCACCAUUUGGUGGCCAAGGGAUUGCCACUGGUAUACGAGACGCCCAAGCCUUGAGUUGGCGACUUGCCAUCAUGUCCAACCUGCAGGUUUCUCGUGAAACACGGGAACGGAUCCUCACAGGGUGGAGUCAAGAGAGACUCCACGCCUGGGAUGCGGCCACUUUAUCAACAAAAUUGAAUGGUAGCAUUGUCAACCAACGUUCAUUAAUCAAAGGACUUUUUUACCGGUUUUUUAUGCGAAUCCUGUGGUCUGUACCUGGGUUUGCGCAUUUCCGCACGAAGGCGGCAUUCCGAGACAAGCUCAUAUAUAAUACUCAGAGUUGCCCUGGUGGCUUCUUCCUGGAAUCUGCAGGAGGUGGCCGCAAGGUCGCGCAGAUCUGGGUUCGAAGACCAGGACCAGGCCAUAAACCGACGCUUUCCGACAGGGUUUUUCUUCGCAACCUAUCUCAUCUUUCGAUUCUAGUCCUUGUCAGAAAGCCUGAAGAUAUUGAUCCUGCCGGAAUCGAAGAGGUGCUGCAAGUGUCAAAAUUAUCCGAGCAAGUCUUGACUAUGCAGGAUAUUACAUACUUAUACCUAAACAGCACUCAACAGCCUCUGUACGAGAAUGAUGAACAUAUAUACUACCCGUGCAAGGUAGAUGAGUUGACUGUUGAAGGGAUAACACCAAUUAGGGGCUACCACGAAACCGCUCUGCAAAAUCGGUUGCAUAAGUCGGCGAAAUACAUUUUGCUGCGUCCAGACUUUUUCAUCCAUUCUGUUACACCGGAUCUAGGAGGGUUACUGGCAAAUUUGAAGAAGGUUCGGGAAUACUUUGAUUAAGCGCAAUAAAGUGUGGAUACAUUCUUGGCCACAAUUGUAAAUUAACUAAAUAGGAG